AUGACUGUUGAAGAUAUUCAAAAAGCUAAGGCAGCUAUUCCAUUUAACAGAGAACAAUUAGAAAGUGUUCUAAGAGGUAGAUUCUUCUACGGUCCAUCUUUCGACUUAUAUGGUGGUGUCGCCGGUUUAUACGACUAUGGUCCACCUGGUUGUGCUUUCCAAGCCAAUAUUGUUGAUAUCUGGAGAAAGCAUUUCAUUUUAGAGGAAGAUAUGUUAGAGGUUGACUGUACUAUGUUGACUCCUCACGAUGUCUUGAAGACUUCUGGUCAUGUUGACAAAUUCUCUGAUUGGAUGUGUAAAGAUAAGAAAACUGGUGAAAUUUUCAGAGCUGAUCAUUUGGUUGAAGAAGUUCUAGAAGCCAGAUUGAAAGGUGACAAAGAAGCCAGAGGUGUUGUUUCCGAGGAAGUUGAAGAGAGUGAUGACAAGAAAAGAAGAAAGAAGAAGGUCAAGCAAAUCAAAGCUGUCAAAUUAGAAGACGCUGUUGCAAAGGAAUACGAAGAAGUUUUAGCAAAGAUUGAUGGUUACUCUGGUACUGAAUUAGGUGACUUAAUGGAAAAAUACAAGAUUGGUAACCCAGUUACUGGUGACGAAUUGGAACCACCAAAGGCUUUCAACUUAAUGUUUGAAACUGCUAUUGGUCCAUCCGGUGCUAUGAGAGGGUUCUUAAGACCUGAAACUGCACAAGGUCAAUUCUUGAACUUCAACAAAUUAUUAGAAUUUAACAACGGUAAAACUCCAUUCGCCUCCGCCUCUAUUGGCAAAUCCUUCAGAAAUGAAAUUUCCCCAAGAGCUGGUUUAUUGAGAGUUAGAGAAUUCUUAAUGGCUGAAAUUGAACAUUUCUUAGAUCCUCUAGAUAAAUCUCAUCCAAAAUUCGAAGAAGUUAAGCACAUUAAAUUAUCUUUCCUGCCACGUGAAGUACAAGAAGCUGGUUCUACUGAACCUGUUGUUAAGACAAUUGGAGAAGCCGUUGAAUCUAAGAUGGUUGACAAUGAAACUUUAGGUUAUUUCAUUUCUAGAAUUUACCAAUUUUUAACCACCAUCGGUGUCGAUGAAACUAAAUUAAGAUUCCGUCAACACAUGGGUAAUGAAAUGGCCCAUUAUGCUACUGACUGUUGGGAUGCCGAAUUGAAAACUUCUUACGGUUGGAUUGAAUGUGUUGGUUGUGCUGAUAGAUCCGCUUACGAUUUAACCGUUCAUGCUAACAAAACUAAAGAAAAGUUAGUAGUUAGACAAAAAUUGGAAACCCCAGUUGAAGUUACCCAAUGGGAAAUAGAUUUAACUAAAAAAUUAUUUGGUCCUAAAUUUAGAAAGGAUGCUCCAAAGGUUGAAGCUUUCUUAUUGAACUUAUCUCAAGAAGAAUUAGAAAAGAAUGCAGCUUUGCUAAAAUCUGACGGUAAACUUACUUUCACCGUUCCAGAAGUUGAAUCUGAAGUUGAAUUAGAUGACAAAUUCAUUACUAUUGAAAAGAGAACUAAGGUCGAACACGUCAGAGAAUACAUUCCAAAUGUCAUUGAGCCAUCUUUCGGUAUUGGUCGUAUCAUUUACGCUGUAUUUGAACAUUCAUACUGGAGCAGACCAGAAGAUACUGCUAGAUCUGUUUUAUCGUUCCCACCAUUAGUUGCUCCAACGAAGGUUCUAUUGGUUCCUCUAUCUAAUCAUAAGGAUUUAGCUCCAGUUACCGCAAAAAUAUCUAAGGUCUUAAGAAAAGAAAAGAUUCCAUUUAAGGUUGAUGACUCUGGUGUGUCUAUCGGUAAGAGAUACUCCCGUAAUGAUGAGUUAGGUACACCAUUUGGUGUUACUAUUGAUUUCGAAUCUGUUAAGGACGGUUCCGUUACUCUAAGAGAAAGAGACAGUACUAAGCAAGUAAGAGGUUCCGCUGAAGAUAUCAUAAAGGCCAUCCGUGAAAUUACAUAUAACGGUGUCACAUGGGAAGAAGGUACAAAGAACUUAGAACCAUUCGUUACUAACAUUGAUUCCGAAUAA